UUUUAUUUAUUUAUUUGUUUUCCCAAUAUAAAAGUAGUUUCUUGAAGAGUCCAAAAACAAAGCAGGAAAGGAAACCCGGGCGUGCAGUUAAGAAGCUCAAAAAAGGAAAAGUUUUCUACUUUGCGUCAGGUGACCGAGGGACUUAAGUGACUUUUAAGUAAGAGCGACAAGAGGGGGUAAAAAGCGAAAAGUGACCUCCUCCCCGCCAGAAGUAAUAAAAUGAAUUCAGAUUCUAGCUCUGUCUCCAGCAGAGCUUCGUCACCAGACAUGGAUGAGAUGUAUCUAAGAGACCACCACCUCCAGGAUACACGCCUCAACUCGGUGUCAUCCACGCAGAACGACUUGCUGCAGAAAAUGACAAGCGAGCACCUCUCCAGGAAUGGAGACAAAGCGCCCGGGGGAGGUAAAUACAAACUUAAGAAGCAGGCCACGGAGCAAGACUUGCAACAGUUGCGGCUCAAGAUCAACGGGCGAGAGCGCAAGAGGAUGCACGACUUAAACCUGGCCAUGGACGGCCUCCGGGAGGUAAUGCCAUACGCGCACGGACCUUCGGUAAGAAAGCUUUCCAAAAUCGCCACUCUGCUGCUGGCCAGAAACUACAUUUUGAUGUUGACCAGUUCUCUGGAUGAGAUGAAAAGACUUGUGGGAGAGAUUUACGGUGGGCACCAUUCGGCUUUCCACUGCGGGACGAUGGGUCACGCUGGAGGACACUCUGCCAACCCGGCUCACCAGGUCCACCCACUCCUCGGGAGCGCACUCUCGUCCAGUACGCCCUCCACUCUCUCCGCGGCUCUACCCGGACUUACCUCCAUUAGAGCCCCCCACUCUUUGCUGAAGACGCCCUCCACGCCCCCAUUACAACUGGGCAGCGGUUUCCAGCAUUGGGCAGGUUUGCCGUGCCCUUGCACAAUUUGCCAGGUUCCACCUCCACAGCUUUCAGCCAUCACUUCUACUGGCAUGUCAAGACUUUCAGCAGAAGCGAAGGACUUGCUGAAGUAAAUAAAACUUCAUGGCCACUCACGCGAACUUUGUUUCAAAUAAUCAAGAGGAAGGCGCAAACAGCCAAUCCAGUUUCGUGCAUGCUCCUUUUUUUCUUAGGUUUAAUCAAGCCAAAAUAGCUUUUUCCUUGUAACAAGGAUCUGGCUUAAUUACUAAGACCUUCCAAGGUAAAUAAAUGUCUUGUUGGUUAUUAACUGUCUCUAUUUCAGUCACUCCAUUUUGUUACCCAAAUUGUUGAUGUAUGUACAUACUGCUCGUAAUACGACGGAAAAGGUUUUAGAUGUUUUUGUGCAACUUUAGUUGUUAGAAUCUACUCAUCCUCGGUUCUAAGCAGGGACAGUUUAUGAAAAUCCUUUUCUGUACAAAAUAAAUCACUCAAUAAAAGGUUGCAUGUAUGUGAAGAGAUUAGUCUUGGUUUACAAUUGAAUGGCAUCAUUAGCGCCCAACAAGAAUGCGUGUGUUCCUUGUAACAAGGAUUUAAAUGUCACAUUCUUGCAAAAAUAGGAAAAACAAGGAAGGAUUCAUUCUGAUCUUUUAUUUAAUUCGUU